CCUUUGCUGCUGCUAGAACUGCCAUGUCAGUGACUGUGAACCUUAUGGGUCCAGCUCCCUGGGGCUUCCGAAUAAGGGGAAGGGACUUCCGGAAGCCCAUCAUGGUCUCUAAGGUAACUGAACGUGGUAAAGCAGCCCAAGGAGAUCUUCGACCUGGUGAUGUUAUUGUCUCUAUCAAUGGAGAGAGGACUUCUGAGAUGCUCAAUGUGGAGGCACAGAACAAGAUUAAGCAGAGCUCUGGGCAGCUUCAGCUGUUGGUUGACAGAUCUGAGCAGUUUUCUCCCAGCCAGACCAAUGGUGAAAGUUCCCCAGAAAUGCUUUCCAUACAGUUUCAGGGUGCGGUGAGAACCAGGGAUGAUGGCCAGAAUUCAGUAAGAUCCUCCAUCUCUAGCCCAGCGUCCAUCAGUCCACGGCCCAGCAGUCCUUACUCUCCUCCAUCUCCUGGAUAUCGAUCUGGGAGCCCAUACAGCCCUCAGAGGCCAAGGCUGCCCAGUGAGGGCAGAGGGGACUCCAUGGUGAACAGCCGCAGUUUCCAGUCUCUGGGGAGUUCAGCCAGGAUCUCCGGUGAGCAGUCUCCACCGCUGCAAGGACAGCAGCAUCCAAGCAGAAAACAGGAGCAGAGGAGCCUCACCCAUUCCAGUGUGUCUCCAGUGCCAGUUCUUCCUCCACUGAAUGGCUCUCCAUCACCAGGAUCAUAUUCACUCUACAACCCUUGGGAGAUCAGGAGAGAUCAGGACAGGAGCUCCUCAUCUUCUUUCAAUCGCAGUUACAGUCUGGAUUCAGAGGCAGCCAUGCAUCGUUUGGAAGGGGACUCCGAGGUCUAUAAGAUGAUGCAAGAAAACCGCGAAACCAGGGCCCCGCCACGACAGUCAAGCACAUUCCGCUUGCUCCAGGUGGCUCUGGAGUUGGAUGAAAAAGAGGGCACUACCACUCACUUCCCCAGCCAGCUGUCUCCCAGCACUCACAAACUGGCCAGCAGUCCUGUGACAAGCAGCACCCAGAAGCUGCAUAUAUGCGAGAAAUGCGGCAGCAGCAUCACGACCCAGGCUGUAAGAAUCCAAGAGAACCGCUACCGCCAUCCCUCCUGCUACACCUGCACUGACUGUGGCCUCAAUUUGAAGAUGCGUGGCCACUUUUGGGUCGGCGAAGAAAUGUAUUGCGAGAAGCAUGCCCGCCAACGCUACCAAGGGCCAGCAGGGGGCAGCAUGGUCACUGCUGUCUACUCUCAGUCCUAAAGUUACAUGGACUGGAGCAGGAAAGAAGAGCAGGUGUUGUCCUCUGGAGGACUUCUUUGCAAUAACUAAUCAACCUGUAUGACGGCUCUUGUGAUUGACUAUUGGGCCUUCUUCUUCUUCCAUCAUCACACCCAACCAAGAUUCAACCAGUAAAGGCAUACCCGAUAAGGGUAGUUUCCUAAGGCCCCAAAGCCAAAUGUAUGGAAAGCAGUGGGAGAAGGACAUGGGGGAUUUGGAAAACUGGGGUCAGAGCUCCUCCAUGCAUUUUCAGUUAGCUUGUUGGGUGUGGAAUUGUUAUCUUAGAAGGGCAAAAGUCUAUAUAGCACAAACACUGCCGUAUUUGGCACUUAAUGGUGAUUUGCAGGAUAGGCUAAAGUUUUCCGGGGUGAAGUGUGCCUCCAGAGGGGUCCGUUGUAAGGCACAAAAUGUAGGAUGUGAAUAUCAGCUUGCCCACACCAUCCCAGUUCUAUGCGUAGCCCAAGCCAGAGUCACCAGUUGCUCCCUUCUGCGGCUAAUAGCACAGCUUUCUUGUCACUGCCGUCACCAUCACAUAUCUAUGUAUUAAAUGGAAGAGCAAAGAAAAUUUAGGGAGUGUCAUUUGAAGCAUUAGGUACCGGGUUGGCAUGGGUGCAGCUUUGACUGUUAGCUCUGUCUGUAAAGCUUCUCUAAGAUGUUAAGCCAGAUCUCUAUGUGAAAUAUAAUAUAUAUGU